UUCAUCUCCAUUUUCAACCAAAACCCUUCUCUUUAAUCCCUCUAAAUCCUGAACCAACUUGAAUUCAAUCACCAACACCACCACCACCAUGAGCCCUACAAAGUUCCACGAAGAUCACGAUCAUCAUUACGAGCGUUCAAGAAGUGGCAACAAAGAGUUCAUCAAUGGCCAUCGUCCAUCUCCAUUGAAGAUCAAUAAAGAGUCUCACGCCAUUCAGAAAUCAUUGUAUUCAUCGUUUACUUCUUCUUCAACCUCAUCGUCUUUAACCGCCUCUUUACCCGGGAUAGUUCAUAAUGUUAAUAACAAGCGGCGGCAGCCGGUUGUUAUAUACAUGCAUUCGCCAAAGGUUAUUCAUACGCAGGCUAGGGAUUUCAUGGCUUUGGUGCAAAAACUCACCGGACUUUCAAGCUCCGGUCGCCGCGAUGAUGAUCAAGAGCAAAAAGAAGCUGCUGAUAAUAAUAAUAAGAACCCUAAUCUUGGUCAUAAUGAAACAGAAAAGCGUGUUGAUUCAUCAUCUGUAAGUGUUUCGCCCGUUAUGAAUGCUCCAAGAAAUCCAUUUCUGGCUGAUAUUCCUCUUUUCACUCCGAAUUCAACUGAUUUCUUCUGCUCGCCGAGGCCAAUGUAUAGAUUUUCUGAUUACACUUCGCCAAGUAUGAACAAUCCUAUCUCGCCUUCGGUGUUUGAGUUCAUCAAGGAAUUACCAGAAUAUUAAGAAGAUUAAUUAUAAUAUCUCUAGUCAUUAGUUCUUUGCAAAUAUAUCUCAGCUAGCUAGGUUUGUUCUUGUUUUUAAUAUGUUCAUUACUUAAUAUUUUUCAAUAAUGUUUUUGUUUUUGGGUUCUUAA